AUGAGAGCGUACCCCACACCCAACUCGACCCCGGGUUUCUCGUCCCAGGUCAACUUACUGCUCACGUACUUAGAGGAACGUUUGGUCCUCGACGUUCAAAUGAACAUGAAUGCUGAUAUGACAUUAGUGGAGAUAAUCCGUUACCUGGUGGCCAACUAUGUGAUGGCCCCUCAGUUUAUCUGUUGA